AGUCGUUCAACAAACAAAACCUUCUCUCACUCAUUCAUUUCCACUUGCUCAGUUAUAGGUGGCGCAGCCAAAACAAACCCCAAUAUCUCUCCUUCAAUCUCUCUCUACAACUUUAAAGAUGGCAUUUUACGCCGCCGUUUCGCGAGCCAAAGCGAUGUCGCGAGCCUUCUCUCCGAUCCUCCGUUGCAUGAGCAACAUACCGGAAAACACAGUCUACGGCGGCCCAAAGACGCAGAGCCCAGACCAGAGAGUGACGUUGACCCACUUGAAGCAAAAGCACAACAAAGGCGAGCCUAUCACCAUGGUCACCGCCUACGACUACCCUUCUGCGGUCCACCUGGACUCCGCCGGCAUCGACAUUUGCUUGGUCGGCGACUCGGCCGCCAUGGUGGUUCAUGGGUAUGACACCACCCUUCCUAUCACGCUUGAUGAAAUGCUUGUUCACUGCCGAGCCGUGGCUCGUGGCGCCAAGCGACCGCUUUUGGUUGGGGACUUGCCCUUUGGCUUCUAUGAGUCUAGCUGCAAUCAGGCUGUCGAUUCUGCGGUGAGGGUUUUAAAGGAAGGAGGAAUGGAUGCGAUCAAAUUAGAAGGAGGGUCACUUUCUAGAAUUACUGCAGCAAAAUCUAUCGUGGAAGCUGGAAUUGCUGUAAUGGGGCAUGUGGGACUUACUCCUCAGGCCAUUAGUGUUCUUGGGGGCUUUAGGCCUCAGGGAAGGAAUGUUGCUAGUGCUGUCAAGGUUGUGGAGACAGCACUGGCUUUGCAAGAAGCUGGGUGCUUUUCUGUUGUUUUAGAAUGUGUACCUCCACCAGUGGCAGCUGCUGCAACAUCUGCUCUUCAGAUUCCUACCAUUGGCAUUGGAGCAGGGCCUUUUUGCAGUGGGCAGGUGCUAGUUUACCAUGAUCUUCUUGGAAUGAUGCAACAUCCACAUCAUGCCAAGGUUACCCCAAAAUUCUGUAAGCAGUAUGCACAUGUUGGAGAAGUCAUUAAUAAAGCUCUAGUAGAGUACAAGGAAGAAGUGACCAGCGGGUCGUUUCCUGGCGCUGCCCACAGCCCGUAUAAAAUCAGUGCUGCUGAAGUUAAUGGCUUUUUAAGUGAGUUAACAAAGUUGGGUUUGGACAAGGCAGCACGUGCAGCAGCUGAAGCAGCUGAGAAGAUUAGUACAAGCAAAUAACCUACUGAAGGCAGCCCUGCAAGUGACUGAUAAUGGGCAAAACCCAGCAUAUUUGGUUGAAAGUUUCAUUACGAAGUAAAUGGCCACAGAAGAAUUUUGAAAGAGCGGGACAAUUUUCUCUUUGUAACAGUGAGGUAUCAAAAGUAUGCAGUUGGGUUCCGUUUUGAGUUGUAAAAGAAAAAUUGCUAUUGCAGAAAGUUGUGUUCAGAAUUUGGAAGCAACUUCAGAAAUAAGAUAUUUGAAGCCAUUUCCAUAUUUAUUCA